AUGGGGCGCCACGUGAGGCCAGGAGCGGAAGUCGGAAAGUGACAUGGCGGCAGCGAACAAAUGUCAUUUGUGAGCUUUUACGUUCGCUGCUAAUUUCUCGAGACCGUGAGCGUCGUCGUGGGACAAGAAGAAAAGAAGGCAAAACUACGACGACGACGACCUGUUUGUUUAACAGUUUAGAAUUAAGUCUGAAGAAGACAAAAGCCUGAGUCAUCGCAUUUGAUUGGAGAAAAUGAGCCGAGUGAGACGUCGCCUUGACGCAAAUGAUUGACAGCUGUCAGCUUGUCACAUGCUUCCUGGGAGGAAAACUGCGUCCAAUCAAACGUGGAGAUCCAUCUGCGAGCCUUUUCCGAGCCACGCCCACCUCUAAUGCAACUCGUCGAUUGGUUCCUCCGAGAAGCAACGCCCUCAGGCCACCUUAUUAGCGGCCGCCAUGUCUUCGGAUGCGUCAGAUGCCGCGCCGUUCCUGUGCGAUGACGGUGAGGAGGAGGAGGAGGAGGAGGAGGAGGAGGAGCGCGGUGCGGCGCAGGGGGAGGAGCCGAGCAGCGGUGUAACGCCCACACGCGCCGUGCUGACCGUGUUCAUCCUGUGCUACGUCAACCUGCUCAACUACAUGGACCGGUUCACCGUCGCAGGCGUUCUUCCUGACAUCGAGCGUUACUUCGGAAUCGACGACAGCAAAUCGGGUUUGCUCCAGACUGUCUUCAUCUGCAGUUACAUGUUCCUGGCGCCGCUCUUCGGUUACCUGGGCGACCGCUACAACAGGAAGUCGAUCAUGAGCGGCGGCAUCGCUUUCUGGUCGCUGGUCACGCUCGCCAGCUCGUACACGCCCAAGGAGCACUUCUGGGCGCUGCUGCUGACGCGCGGCCUGGUGGGCGUGGGCGAGGCUAGCUACUCCACCAUCGCGCCCACCGUCAUCGCCGACCUCUACGUCAAGGAGAGCCGCACCAACAUGCUCUCCGUCUUCUACUUCGCCAUCCCCGUGGGCAGCGGUCUGGGCUACAUCGUGGGCUCGCAAGUCAGCAACGUAUCCGAGGACUGGCACUGGGCUCUGAGGGUGACGCCAGCGUUGGGUCUGCUCGCUGUGCUGCUCCUCCUCCUGGUGGUCCAGGAGCCAAAACGCGGCGCCGUGGAAGCUCGGCCCCGACAUCGGCUUCACCGGAGCGGCUGGAUCGAGGACCUGCGAGCGCUGAGCAGGAACCCGAGCUUCACGCUGUCCACCUUGGGCUUCACGGCCGUGGCCUUCGUCACCGGCUCGCUGGCUCUGUGGGCGCCCACCUUCCUGUUCAGGGCGGCCAUGUUCACGGGCGAGCGUGCGCCCUGCGUGGAGGCUCACUGCUCGUCCUCGGACAGUCUGAUUUUCGGCGCCGUCACGUGCGUGACGGGCGUGCUGGGCGUGGCCGGCGGCGUCCAGGCCAGCCGUCUGCUCCGGACGCGGACGCCGCGCGCCGACCCGCUGGUGUGCGCCGCCGGCCUGCUGCUGGCCGCGCCCUUCCUCUACCUCGCCAUCGUCUUCGCCGAGGCCAGCGCCGUCGCCACAUACGUAUUUGUUUUCCUGGGCGAGACGUUCCUGUCCAUGAACUGGGCCAUCGUCGCCGACAUCCUGCUGUACGUGGUGGUUCCGACGCGACGCUCCACCGCCGAGGCUGUGCAGAUCGUCGUCUCGCACCUGCUGGGGGACGCGGGAAGUCCGUACCUCAUCGGCGUGGUGUCGGACUCGCUGAGGAAGACGGACUCGUUCUUGUGGCAGUUUCGCUCGCUGCAACUUUCUCUGCUUCUCUGCUCCUUCGUGGCCGUCGUGGGCGGAGCUUUCUUCCUGGCCGCCGCCCUCUUCAUCGAGCGAGACCGCCACCGAGCCGACAACUUCGGACCGGAAGAUGACGAGCCCAUCCCGGUGCCCGAAAGCGGGCGGUCCGCUUCCGUUCCGGUGUCCAGUGUUCUGAUUUGACGGGGUCCCCGUUGAUCUUCGCCACGCGAACGUGAACUUGGGAGGAAGCGGCGGACGUUUUUCACGACUUUUCCCUUUUUAAAAAAAUGAAAUAAAAUUUGAACGAUGCCGGACGCUCGUUGGAGCAAAACCGCUCCACCGGUAAACUCGACUCCGCCGCCAAAUCCGCUUGUUACUUCUCGCGUGCUCUUUUAGGAUGCGCUUUCCUGUUCUCAACUUGCCGCCUUUUAUUAGGGCGUUUGCCUUUCUCGACGUCCCGUGUGUCAUCUUCUCGCUUUUGUCUUGACGGCAAGCCACUUUCCUUGCUUUGUUUUUAGAUGAACCGAAUAAAAAACAUCAACUUCUU